AAAACAAGACCAUUCAUCUUAGAGUUAUGAUUACGCCCUGGGUCGACCCACCGUGCCGGGUGGACCCCUUUUCCCUUUUCCCCCUGACCUGACGGCUCACUGCUUGCCUGCUUGCUCCAGAGGGGUAAAUACGGCUGUAGGUGGCAUGGCGCUCAAGCUGGAGGGGCUCGCGGUGGUGGCCGGUUCAGGGAGGGGCAGCCAGGCGCGCAGCCAACAGGCUCGCAUUGUCCUGCACACGUUGCCGCCACGACGUCGCACUCCUCAGAGUCUGCCACUGCUGUGUGCUGCUGCCAUGGCGAUCACUCAAGGUGGUGCGGCAGGGUGGUGUGCUCCCCCCGUCUGCUAAACCUCCUCGGCGCCGUGUCCGUGUCCACCUCGCAGCCAGCUUCUCGCUUCUUGUUUCCCUCUUCCUCCCAACCUCUACCCCUCAACCUCAGAUUUUGCACAAGCCUCACCCAUUGCAAUCGCCCAUCAUGCCUGUCGGAACCGUCCUCGUCACUGGUGGCACGGGCUACAUCGGCUCCUUCACCUCGCUCGCCCUGCUCGAGAAUGGCUACGAUGUCGUCAUUGUCGAUAGUCUCUACAACUCGUCCGAGGUCGCCCUCGACCGCAUCGAGCUCCUCUGCGGCCGCCGCCCCAAGUUCCACAAGGCCGACCUGACGGACGAGAUGGCUCUCGACAAGGUCUUUGACGAGAACCCGGCGAUUGACAGCGUCAUCCACUUCGCCGCGCUCAAGGCCGUCGGCGAGUCUGGCCAGAUCCCUCUCGACUACUACCGCGUCAACGUCAGCGGCACUGUCAACCUUCUCAACUCGAUGAAGAGGCACAACGUCCCCAACAUUGUCUUCUCCUCCUCGGCCACCGUCUACGGCGACGCCACGCGCUUCGAGAACAUGAUCCCCAUCCCCGAGCACUGCCCCAAGGGCCCCACCAACACCUACGGCCACACCAAGGCCUUUGUCGAGCAGAUCAUCGAGGACUUCAUCAACUCGGAGCGCCAGAACGCCCAGAAGGCCGAGAAGCCGUACGAGCAGUGGAACGGCGCCAACCUGCGCUACUUCAACCCUUGCGGCGCCCACCCCAGCGGCAUCAUGGGCGAGGACCCCCAGGGAGUCCCUUACAACCUGCUCCCCCUCCUCGGCCAGGUCGCUACCGGCCAGCGCGAGAAGCUGCUGGUGUUUGGUGACGACUACGCCUCCCGCGACGGCACCGCCAUCCGUGACUACAUCCACGUGCUGGACCUCGCCCGCGGACACUUGGUUGCCCUCAACUACCUGCGCGAGAAGAAGCCCGGCGUCACCGCGUGGAACCUGGGCUCCGGCCGCGGCAGCACCGUCUUUGAGAUUGUCAAGGCCUUCAGCAAGGCUGUCGGUCGCGACCUGCCCUACGAGGUUGUGCCCCGGCGACAGGGCGACGUGCUCGACCUGACGGCCAACCCGACACGGGCCAACAACGAGCUCAACUGGAAGACGGAACUGAGCGUGGAGCAGGCCUGCAACGACCUGUGGCGGUGGGUGUCCAACAACCCUCAGGGCUACCGCCAGGAGCCCCCGGCGGAGCUCCUUGCUUCCAUCAAGACCCCCUCGUCGUAAAGAAGAGAUUUUGAGCUGGAAGCGGAUGAGCAGUUGUCGUAGAGAGAGCCCACGUGGUGACCAUAGAUAUGCAUACAAAAAUCCGAAAGCAUAGAUCCCCCAAGUAUUUGACAAGCAUUAGGAUCUGGGUGAUUGCCUUAUCGGUCUCUGAGCAAGGCCUGCCUCAGUCUGCAUCGGAUAUCCCUGCUUGACGUAGCAUUGAUUGAGAACACAAAUGAUAGUGUGUGCAGAAGGACUGGGGCCGACUAUCGGGUCAACUGUCCUUGCACGCACGACUGAACUGGCAGGCUGGACACGGCAUUUUCUGGAAGCCUUUGGGUUCAUCCCGAAAGUUGCUGCAGCUCAGUCGUCGUCAGCUUGGUGGGCGGUGCAUAAAGUACGUACACACGUACGUGCGUCGACGGCAGUGCCCAGGCACCAUCGCACUGGUCGAAGACGGUCCUGCCAGGGGUGGAUGGGAUGGGAUGGGAUGGGAUGGGAUGGGAUGG